AUGUCUCGCUUCUUAGACGGCGUUUCCACCAUCAUCACCGUCUUUCACAACAAUGCAAAGGAAGAGGGAGACUGCUCCAACCUCAGCCGAAGGAAGAUGAAAGAGCUCAUCCAGAGGGAGUUUGCAGAUGUCAUAGCUAAGCCACAUGACCCUCAGACCAUUGACAAGAUCCUGCAGUUUCUGGAGUGGGAUGGCGACGGGAAGAUGGAUUUUAAUGAGUUCCUGCUUUUGGCAUUCAGAGUGGCCAAGGCCUGUUAUUGGUACUUGCCCCAGGGACCACGCCUUCUGCAAAGAACUAAGCUGGCAAGCACUGGCAAGUCACUCCGAGAGCCUGAAACCGAGACCAGAGGGAGCAGUUGGCAGCUCCAAGAGGAGGAACAACUCUAUGAGAGUGACCAGCAUCCCCUCAGUGAACCUGAACUGCAACGAGACAUCAGGGUCAACAAGCUGGAAACAGUAGAGGAAAGGGGGAGUCGUCACCAGCAACGUAACACACGAAGCAGAAACGAAGCAAAAGGAAGCAGAGAGCCGGGGGAGCCAAUCCCUCAGAGACAUGAGGAACAAAGCCAAGAGCCACGCGACCAACGGGACGCUCAGAGGAGACGUCAGGCAGUGCAGCCAGACAGACGAGGUGAUGUCCAGCUCUCCCAGCGUGGCAGCUGGAGAGCAAGUGGGGCUGAAGUGCAGGAAGACGAGAGGCAAAAUCAAGAGAGGUCUCAGCAAGAACAACUGAGAGACGUGAGGAGUCGCAGCCAGACCUGGGAACCUCAACCACGGCCAGACCGGUGGAGUGGCCGUCGGCCAGAUAAAGCAGGAAGAGCAGCAAGUGAUCAAAGAAACCAGGAGCCACGAGAUGCAGAGAGAGGAAGCCACAAUCAGACACGUAACCCAGAGCUGCUCAGAGAGGGAAGAAGUCACGACCACCUUCGUGAGCUGGAAGAAGCAACACUCAGGCACAGGGAGGCUGAAGGAGGGGACUCAAGGUGCUCGUAUCAGUUGUACAUAGAGGAGCCACUAGAACUGGACUCGAGGUACUAUGAGACUGGUGACCAAGAAAAAGGUAUCUAUGAAAGAGGGGAAACCCAGGAACAGGAACUUGACUAUGAAAAAAGUGUAAGAGACACCUACAGGACUCAGGAGUGGGAAGAAGGAGGUGAUGAGAAGAGGGAAGAGGCAAUAUGGAAAAGGACACAACUGGCACGUGAAAGGGAAGAGAAAAGGGCCACAACCAACCAGAGAGAGACACGUGAGAGACGUAACUGGGAAACAUUUGAGCCAAAAGAUGAUGGAAGGAGACAACAGGAGUCUCUGAGGUAUGAAAGGACAAGAGAAGCUGCAGUGGCAGCUGCAGAAGCUGAUGUGAGGAUCCAACAAGUGACACGGGAACUGCAGCCACGUGAUGAUGCCGAAAGGAGGGAUCGUAUUCGUGAGCGUGAAGCAGUGCAGGAUGAGAGGAGGGUUUCCCUGCAAAGGGACAGAGAUGAGCCUGUGAGGGAGAGGAGGAUCAAACACCAGCAGGAGCUGGAGCUGGACAUCUAUGAGCGCCGCAGCCGCCAGACACGUGAGAGGGACCAGCAAGAGGACACACGCAACCAGAGAGAGACCCGAGAGCCUGAAGGUGAUGGGAGGAGACAACGGGAGGCUCUGAGAUACGAAAGGACACUGGAGACUGAAGCAGCAGCUGCAGAAGCUGAUGUGAGGAUCCAACGGGUGACACGGGAACUGCAGCCACGUGAUGAAGUGGAAAGAAGAGACCGACGUGGUGAGCGCCAAGAAGAGGAUGAGAGGAGGAUUUUCCAGGGAAGAGAGAGAGAAGAGCCUGUGAGGGAGAGGAGGAGCAAUCGCCAACAGGAGCUGGAGCUGGACAUCUAUGAGCGCCGCAGCCGCCAGAAACGUGAGAGAGAAGAACAAGAUGCCACAAGUUACCAGAGAGAGACCCGUGAGCCUGAAGGUGAUGGGAGGAGACAACGGGACGCUCUGAGAUACGAAAGGACACUGGAGACUGAAGCAGCAGCUGCAGAAGCUGAUGUGAGGAUCCAACAAGUGACACGGGAACUGCAGCCACGUGAAGAUGCUGAAAGGAGGGAUCGUAUUCGUGAGCGUGAAGCAGUGCAGGAUGAGAGGAGGGUUUCCCUGCAAAGGGACAGAGAUGAGCCUGUGAGGGAGAGGAGGAUCAAACACCAGCAGGAGCUGGAGCUGGACAUCUAUGAGCGCAGCAGCCGCCAGACACGUGAGAGGGACCAGCAAGAGGACACACGCAACCAGAGAGAGACCCGUGAGCCUGAAGGUGAUGGGAGGAGACAACGGGACGCUCUGAGAUACGAAAGAACAAGAGAAACCACAGUGGCAGCUGCAGAAGCUGAUGUGAGGAUCCAACGGGUGACCUGGGAAGGGGAGCCCCAUGCAGUCACUGAAAGAAGAGAGCGUCAGGGUGAGCGUGCAGCAGUGCAGGAUGAGAGGAGGAUUUUCCAGGGAAGAGAGAGAGAAGAGCCUGUGAGGGAGAGGAGGAUCAAACACCAGCAGGAGCUGGAGCUGGACAUCUAUGAGCGCAGCAGCCGCCAGACACGUGAGAGGGAAGAACAAGAUGCCACAAGUUACCAGAGAGAGACCCGAGAGAGACAUGACCAGGAAACACAGGAGCUUGAUAAUGAUGGAAGGAGACAACAGGGGUCUCUGAGGUAUGAAAGGACAAGAGAAGCUGCAGUGGCAGCUGCAGAAGCUGAUGUGGGGAUCCAACGGGUGACCCGGGAACUGCAGCCACGUGAUGAUGCUGAAAGGAGGGAUCGUAUUCGUGAGCAUGAAGCAGUGCAGGAUGAGAGGAGGGUUUCCCUGCAAAGGGACAGAGAUGAGCCUGUGAGGGAGAGGAGGAUCAAACACCAGCAGGAGCUGGACAUCUAUGAGCGCAGCAGCCGCCAGACACGUGAGAGGGAAGAACAAGAUGCCACAAGUUACCAGAGAGAGACCCGUGAGCCUGAAGGUGAUGGGAGGAGACAACGGGACGCUCUGAGAUACGAAAGAACAAGAGAAACCACAGUGGCAGCUGCAGAAGCUGAUGUGAGGAUCCAACGGGUGACCUGGGAAGGGGAGCCCCGUGCAGUCACUGAAAGAAGAGAGCGUCAGGGUGAGCGUGCAGCAGUGCAGGAUGAGAGGAGGGUUUACCAAGGAAGAGAGAGAGAAGAGCCUGUGAGGGAGAGGAGGAUCAAACACCAGCAGGAGCUGGACAUCUAUGAGCGCCGCAGCCAACUGACACGUGAGAGAGAAGAACAAGAUGCCACAAGUUACCAGAGAGAAACCCGUGAGAGACGUGACCAGGAAACACAGGAGCUUGAUAAUGAUGGGAGGAGACAACAGGGGUCUCUGAGGUAUGAAAGGACAACAGAAGCUGCAGUGGCAGCUGCAGAAGCUGAUGUGAGGAUCCAACGAGUGACCCGGGAACUGCAGCCACGUGAUGAAGUGGAAAGAAGAGACCGACGUGGUGAGCGCCAAGAAGAGGAUGAGAGGAGGGUUUACCAAGGAAGAGAGAGAGAAGAGCCUGUGAGGGAGAGGAGGAGCGAUCGCCAACAGGAGCUGGAGCUGGACAUCUAUGAGCGCUGCAGCCAACUGACACGUGAGAGAGAAGAACAAGAUGCCACAAGUUACCAGAGAGAAACCCGUGAGAGACGUGACCAGGAAACACAGGAGCUUGAUGAUGAUGGAAGGAGACAACAGGAGUCUCUGAGGUAUGAAAGGACAAGAGAAACCACAGUGGCAGCUGCAGAAGCUGAUGUGAGGAUCCAACGAGUGACCCGGGAACUGCAGCCACGUGAUGAUGCCGAAAGGAGGGAUCGUAUUCGUGAGCGUGAAGCAGUGCAGGAUGAGAGGAGGGUUUCCCUGCAAAGGGACAGAGAUGAGCCUGUGAGGGAGAGGAGGAUCAAACACCAGCAGGAGCUGGAGCUGGACAUCUAUGAGCGCCGCAGCCGCCAGACACGUGAGAGGGACCAGCAAGAGGACACACGCAACCAGAGAGAGACCCGUGAGCCUGAAGGUGAUGGGAGGAGACAACGGGACGCUCUGAGAUACAAAAGGACACUGGAGACUGAAGCAGCAGCUGCAGAAGCUGAUGUGAGGAUCCAACGGGUGACACGGGAACUGCAGCCACGUGAUGAGGUGGAAAGAAGAGACCGACGUGGUGAGCGCCAAGAAGAGGAUGAGAGGAGGGUUUACCAAGGAAGAGAGAGAGAAGAGCCUGUGAGGGAGAGGAGGAGCGAUCACCAACAGGAGCUGGACAUCUAUGAGCGCCGCAGCCAACUGACACGUGAGAGAGAAGAACAAGAUGCCACAAGUUACCAGAGAGAGACCCGUGAGCCUGAAGGUGAUGGGAGGAGACAACGGGAGGCUCUGAGAUACGAAAGGACACUGGAGACUGAAGCAGCAGCUGCAGAAGCUGAUGUGAGGAUCCAAUGGGUGACACGGGAAGGGGAGCCCCGUGCAGUCACUGAAAGAAGAGAGCGUCAGGGUGAGCGUGCAGCAGUGCAGGAUGAGAGGAGGAUUUUCCAGGGAAGAGAGAGAGAAGAGCCUGUGAGGGAGAGGAGGAUCAAACACCAGCAGGAGCUGGACAUCUAUGAGCGCCGCAGCCAACUGACACGUGAGAGAGAAGAACAAGAUGCCACAAGUUACCAGAGAGAGACCCGAGAGAGACGUGACCAGGAAACACAGGAGCUUGAUAAUGAUGGGAGGAGACAACAGGGGUCUCUGAGGUAUGAAAGGACAAGAGAAGCUGCAGUGGCAGCUGCAGAAGCUGAUGUGAGGAUCCAACGAGUGACCCGGGAACUGCAGCCACGUGAUGAUGCCGAAAGGAGGGAUCGUAUUCGUGAGCGUGAAGCAGUGCAGGAUGAGAGGAGGGUUUCCCUGCAAAGGGACAGAGAUGAGCCUGUGAGGGAGAGGAGGAUCAAACACCAGCAGGAGCUGGACAUCUAUGAGCGCAGCAGCCGCCAGACACGUGAGAGGGAAGAACAAGAUGCCACAAGUUACCAGAGAGAGACCCGUGAGCCUGAAGGUGAUGGGAGGAGACAACGGGACGCUCUGAGAUACAAAAGGACACUGGAGACUGAAGCAGCAGCUGCAGAAGCUGAUGUGAGGAUCCAACGGGUGACACGGGAACUGCAGCCACGUGAUGAGGUGGAAAGAAGAGACCGACGUGGUGAGCGCCAAGAAGAGGAUGAGAGGAGGGUUUACCAAGGAAGAGAGAGAGAAGAGCCUGUGAGGGAGAGGAGGAGCGAUCGCCAACAGGAGCUGGAGCUGGACAUCUAUGAGCGCCGCAGCCAACUGACACGUGAGAGAGAAGAACAAGAUGCCACAAGUUACCAGAGAGAGACCCGUGAGCCUGAAGGUGAUGGGAGGAGACAACGGGAGGCUCUGAGAUACGAAAGGACACUGGAGACUGAAGCAGCCGCAGAAGCUGAUGUGGAGAUCCAGCACGUGUACAUCCCUGCUGAGCCCAGCACACAGCCAGAGGUGAAGGUUGUCCCUCAGCCCUGUGAGCCUCAGAGCCUUGCAUACUUGGUCCGUGUGAUCCAGAAUUUGAGUGGUGAAGAAGGUACCAGCUAUGAGAUCAUCUGCCAGCAGCCCCAUGACCUGGGGCAGCCCAUCUUUGUCAAGAAGUGCCACACAUCACCUCAGCCACUGUCAGAUCCACGUGAUGGGAGCAACAGCCCAGAGCCACAACCCCAAAGAGAUGAGCAAGAAACAGGGGAGGUAGAACCACAGCAGCAAGGGGACAUACCAGCUUCCCAGGAAGAUGCCACUGAGGCACAGGAGAGGUCUGAAACAGGGGUGAAAGAUGGGACUCACCAGGCUUCUGCCUCUGAAUCAGAGAGGGCUAAGGGUGAUGCUUGUCAGGCAAAGUCCAAGGAGAACAGGAAGGAGAGCCAGAGCCCCAAGCUGCCUGAUGCAGAGAGGAAGAGGCAUCAGCCCCAGGGAGAUGGAUCAAAAGCUGCCAGGGAGCAGGUCCCACAGGAAACUAAAUCCAGCUGCCAGUGUGGGGACAGGGAGGCCAAGAGCUGCCCAUCUCUGCCCCAAGCUCUAGAGCCACAGGAAGCUUCUGAGGCAGGUUGCCAAGCCACUGAAAAGAGUCGUCCUCAGCCACCCCGGAGAGAUGAAGGCAGCAGCAGCCAUGAGGAUGCAAAGCUUCCCCCCUCUGAGAGGAGCCACCUGACACAGCAGGAAGAGAACAGCAAGAGGAGAUCCCAGCAACUGAUUGAUGCUCAGCCUCAGGACGAGAAGCCACGUGCUUCCACCAAGCAGAUCCAGAGCCCUCCCGGUCCCCUGGUCUCACAGGAGCCACCUAGCCGUCCUGCCAAGGAUGAAGCCAAAGCAUCUUAA